AUUUGGCCAUUCCAUAGAAUCAUCUCGAAUGCUUGAGUCGUGUAUAUUUUCAAUGUGUAUCAUGAAGAUUUAUAUUCAACAUUUACUACAUUAUUAUUGAAGAUGUUGGAUUGAUCGAUCAUUAUGACGAAUAUGGAGUUGUGGACAAUGUUACUAUUAUUAUUUAUAAUAGUAAAUGCAUGUGUUGUUCGGGAAGAGUUUGAUGUGUUGGCAACGGCUGCUGAUACUGAGCCAAACAAACACGUAUGCCAUGGACCAUGCCAUUGCAUCUACAGGAGAUUUAGCAUCGUUGUUAAUUGUUCACAUGGUCAGCUCCAGGCAAUACCACCAGAUCUACCAGAAAACACGACAGAACUACAGUUUUCGUAUAACAAGCUCACGGCAUUGAAUAGUUCCAUGUUCAAUGGUCUUAUGAAGCUUGAAAUAUUGAACAUAAGUUUUAACGAAAUAAACGACAUUGAACCGAAUACAUUUUCUGACCUAGGGGAAACUCUAACUUCUCUAUACUUAACAUGCAACAGAGUUAGAUACAUGGAAAGGUUUAGGAAAGCGUUAACACCAUUGUUACGUUUAAAAUCCUUGUACAUACAGCAAUGCUUGAAAGACAUUGAAGACGGUGAAGUAUUUCCAGGGCAUGAAUUGAAGCAAAUGCCACAUCUCACAAAUCUUUCAGUGGAUUUGAUAAAUAAAGAAGGAUUCGCCAUAUAUCUAAAUAGCCUUGAAUAUAUGGACAUCAAGUAUUUUAAACACGACCCACGCAUUCCAGAUCCACAUUUCAGAGGAACUAACAGAUGCAAUUUGCCAACACUGACUAGGGAUGUGCUUGCCAAUCUUACGAAUGUUCGUUGGCUCCGCCUGAACAGCUGCAAUAUUUCAAAAGCUGAAAUAGAAUGCCUUGUAGAUUUUGACAAUAUAACUUUCCUGGAUCUUUCGUUCAAUGUGAACUUGGGAUUUACGGCAUUGCCAGGAAUAAUGUCCGGACUUCAAAAUAAAGACUUUGAGGAAUUAGUUAUUCAUCAAAUCCAUGAUACAUUUGGUGACUGCACUAAAAUUACCAAAGAACAACUCAAAUACUUCCAAAACGUUACAAGCUUUCGAAAACUAAUAAUGAGCUCGAACAGAUGGUCGUCAUUUGAAGAAGAUUCGAUCAAGUUCUUCCCAAAAGAGUUUCAAUAUAUUGAUGCAAGUCAAAAUUUAAUGCUUUUGGGGAACUAUUUUAAAGAUAUAUUCUCAGGAAAAUAUUUCUCAAACGUAAAGUUUGUCAACAUUUCUACCCAAAGAAUAAAAUAUGGAAUUAAACCACUUUUCUUUAAUCCAACAUUCUUCGUACAAGAUGUGUGGCAGAAUCGUGAAGCUAUGGCGAAUAAUACGAACAGGUUGUGCCCCAGUUGUCAAACGAAUACAAGUCAUGUCGUCGUACCGUUACCGCAGAAGAUUGAAGUUUUAGACAUAAGUCAACUUGACAUGGAUAUUCGGGUUCUCAAUUUGUGUAUUUGUGAACCCAAUAGUCUUAGAGAGUUUUACAUGCGUAAAAACAAAUUCAGAACAAUUGAAGGUCCGCUGAUGGGUAUGAAACAUGUGCAGCUUCUUGAUUUGUCGAACAACGCUUGUGCAAAUUUAUCUUCUGAGGCAUUUCAUUUUCUUCCUAAUUUGACACGGUUGUAUUUGUCGGGAAAUUUGCUGGGUUAUUCAUUGGAACGUGACGAAGCUGGAAUAACAUUUCAGAACUUGAGUCGGCUCGAGGAACUUGACCUUUCAUUCAACAAACUGCGUUACCUUCCUUUUUAUAUAUUCAAGGGUUUGACAGGUUUGGAAAUGUUGAUAUUGAAAAACAACAAUAUGAAGACCUUUGCUGUUAAUAUGCAGAUGAUGACGCGCCUGUCUCGUUUAGUCCUGAAUAACAACAAUUUGAGAUAUAUCCCUAAACUUCAAAUGAAACAGAUCGACAAAAUUAUACAAAGUAAAUCGCUGCGAAUUAACUUGGCGAAUAAUAAGUUCAAAUGCAAUUGUACAGACACUGAGUUUGUCCGAUGGAUUCAGAAUAACAAUGUGAACCUUGUGGAUGUUGAGACCUACAUAUGUACAUACAUAGACGACACACCUAAAAAUAUUACCGGGUAUAGCCUCGUGCACGAUCUGGAAAAGGAAUGUGCCAGCUACACCCUCCUCAUAGUCGUGGCAUCAAUACUCGUGUCAGCGUUUCUGAGUAUUUUGACUGGCGGCAUCAUAUACCGGUAUCGUUGGGACUUGCGAUAUUUGUAUUAUUCCUCGAAGUUUCGUAUGAAGGGAUAUAUGCCGGUCGACGCUGAUGAAGAUAGGUUUAGAUAUGACAUAUUCGUUUCAUACAGUGAUCAAGAAAGACAUUUUGUCGUUGCUGAUCUGGUGCAUGAGUUGGAGGAAUCACGGUCUUUAAAAUUAUGCAUCCAUGAGCGAGAAUUCUUUCUCGGUGGCAUGGUGACUGAAAAUAUCGUCUAUGCCAUAAACAACUCUAGAAAAACUCUGGUACUUCUUUCAAAGGGGUUCAUCGAGAGCCACUGGUGCAGAUACGAGUUGAACAUGGCCAGGAUGGAGGCGAUCAAGACUGGAAGAGAUGUGCUGUGUACCGUUAAGAUGGAAGAAAUCAUACAUGACAACAUGCCGUUGGAAGUGAUUGACGUCCUAAGGAAUCAUACGUACAUCCAACUUCCGGAGGAGAGAGAACAUAUGACCAUGUUCUGGGACAGGCUAUAUACAGCACUUUCCUAAUAAAAUGUAUGAACCUGCCUUAUUGAAAGCAACAAUUGUUAGGUCUGCUGUGUAUUUCCUUAAUAAAAUCAUAAGUAUUAACUGGAAUUUAUGCGAGCGAGAGAGAAAUAUGGGUGACAGGUGACAAUUUCACUGAAGCGGGGAUACAGCUAACCGCUUUUUGGGUAAAAAUGUUUCAACACUUGGGGAGUGACACCUUAAGAACUCGGCUUCAACGUCUACAUCCGAAGUUGUUUUUAUGGAAAAUGGUCGGGGAGUUCCAAUAAGACUGAUAAUAUUAUCUUGUCAAUGGCGACCUAGUAUUGGAAUUUCUUGUCCUAGGUCAAACCGUUCUCAAGAUACUGUGCAUUUUUAAACUGAUGACUAUGCUUUUGCCCUCUUAAUCAAUUUGGUGUAAAUUGUCCGUCAUAUGCAACCUACCACUAAUUUAAAAAACAACCUUAAUUCCUGACCUUGAUCUUGUGACAGUGCUUACUAAAUUUUAUACGCUGCUGACCCACUGACAAAAAGAAGGGUAAUUUACUAUCAAAUGAAAACUUCCAAAAAAAUAUUUAAGUGAUAGUUCAAACUGUUUUAGUAAGUGUGGUAAAGAGCACACUCACCAGACAAUAUAAUUCAGAGUCGAAUUUUUGGCUGUUCAUCACGUAACGGGACAUACUAAUGUUUUUAGCCGACUAUGGUCGUUUGUUUAAACGGAGUUCUGGUUAUGUUUGGACUAACCGAUUAUAGUGUUGUGCUUGUCAUUGUAGUUUUGAAUAUUCCUUGCACUGAAUGCGGCAUAUGCGUAUGGUAAUAAUUCGCAUUAAUAUCGCGUGUAUUCAUGUUUGAACCAGGUGUUUACAUUUUUCGUAAAUGUGGAGAUUCCCAUCGUCUCCAUAUUAUAAUCCUUGAUAAUAUUUAGCUUUGCUAGUAUGUGAAAAUAUUGUCGUUGAAUCAUGACAAGUUGUAUUAUGUCCAAUUACUUGUCAAACAGCCAAAAUUUUAGCUCUUAAUAAUACUUCUAGUGUCUGUGUCAAUGGAUAAGCAAUUUGAUAAUAUUGUGAUGGACUACAAGCGGCACGGCAUAGGUUUUAUUCAAAUUUCUAUGUAGCUUAAAGUUAACAGUUUUGUAAAAUACUGGACUGUUUAUACAUGUAAUAGGGUACAAUUCAAAUCACAUGUCCAAGAGAAGCGAAAACAUCUGCUGUCGAGGCUGGAAUAUCAGUAGACGUAUGUGAAAUUGUAUACAAAUUGCGUGUUCAAAAAAAGAGAAAGAACGAUGCAGAUGAUAGAUUAUUAAAUUUUAAGAACUAUUUAAUUUAAUGUUUUAAUCUUGGACUUAAUGUUAACUAGGUAUUGUUGAUUUGAUUGGGAAACUUGUAUUGUUCAAUGAAUGACCUUUGAUCUACUGACCUAAAUUUCAAUAUGGUCAUCAUCGGGUCGUCACUCAUCUAGGCAUAAGCGUUCUCUAGUUAUCAAUUGGACACAUUUUGGUUUACUUGCAGACAAAACUAUGCACAUGACACAAUAUGCCACCAUGUCUUUGAAAAGGUGUGUGGGGCAUAAAAGAAGUUUUGGAUAGAAGGGCAUAAAAGAAAAAUGAAAAUGUUAAGGAAGGCCUAUGCAGAUGCAGUAAUGCUAAAAACAGCGAUAAGUUAGUCUUAUGCAAGAUUCCAAUAUGGGCAUAAGAGAGGAAGUGAUGAUCAACAAUGCUGCUGACCACAGUCGAUUACGUCAAAUAACAUCGUGCAAACAAUGAACUGCUUGUAGAAGACCAUCGCAUAAGGAUACGUGAAAAGAAGGAAAAUGUGGCCGGAUUAAGUUCAGUGAUGUUUCCAUGGAGACUUUCUACACCAUCUUAAAAGACCUAUGACUUUGCGUUACUGCAUAAAUAUUAUAUCUUCUGAUUAACAUAUCGACACAGUUUCUUUGCGUUCGUUUAUGUUCACAGAAGUACGAAGUUAUUCAUAAAUAUUUAAAUGCAAAAACAAGGACGUUAAUAUGAUUUUGAAAUAUAAUACAGUUGACUUUGUAUAAACAGAAACAUAGUAUAAUGGCAUGUUUAUUCAUCUAAAGGGACAAAACUUCCUGGCAACGACGGU